AGAAUCAUAUUCUCAUUUAAGUGAGAGCCGCUCGUCUGAAGUACACGUAUAUCAAGUAGAGUUAAAGUUCUUUAGUUUUCCCUCCUGCAAUAACCAAAAGCGGAAGUUCGGUCCCGAUUUUUUUUUUAAAUUAGUCGAAUAUUAAAAAAAAUGUUGAAAUUAGCGGCUGUUUUGUUACUAUUUACGGCACUUGUCUAUGCCGUACCAAAACCAGAUGAAGUACCUAAACACAAUCCUCUUGAACAUGACUCCAAACAUAUCGACCAUUUCGCCAAUGGUCAUCACAAUGCACAAUAUGACCAUGAGCAGUUUCUAGGCGAAGAUGAGGCAAAAACAUUCGAUCAAUUGCCUCCCGAAGAAAGUAAGAGACGUUUGGGCCUUAUUGUCGAUAGGAUAGAUGAGGAUAAAGAUGGUUUUGUUACACUUUCGGAAUUAAAAAGGUGGAUUGAAUAUACUCAAAGACGGUAUAUCGAUGAAGAUGUGGACCGCCAGUGGCGUCAACAUAACCCAGAUGGCAACGACACAAUAACAUGGGAAUCUUAUCGCAAGGAUGUUUAUGGUUUUAUGGACAGCCUCACUAAAGAUGAACAAGAACACGAAGAAAACGGCAUUUCAUAUAAAAGUAUGUUGACUCGUGAUCGUCGUCGCUGGAGUGUUGCUGAUCAAAAUCUGGAUGAUGCCCUCACGAAAGAAGAAUUCACAAAUUUCCUUCACCCUGUCGACAGUCCUGUAAUGGGUGAUGUUGUAUUGACCGAAACCAUCGAAGACAUUGACAAAAACAAGGAUGGUAAAAUUUCCGUUGAUGAGUACAUAGGCGAUAUGUACACUCCUGUCGAAGAGGGGGAAGAAGAACCUGAGUGGAUUAUUAGCGAAAGAGAGACUUUUGCCAAAUUCCGAGAUACCGAUGGUGAUGGUUUUCUGGACCGUGAAGAAGUUAGGGCUUGGAUCGUGCCUAAGGACUUUGAUCAUGCCGAAACCGAAGCUAGGCAUUUAAUUUAUGAAGCCGACAAUGACAGCGAUGAAAAACUAACAAAGGAUGAAAUUCUAGACAAGUACGAUGUUUUCAUUGGAUCUAAAGCCACUGACUUCGGAGAGGCUCUAGGACGUCACGAUGAAUUCUAAUAAAAUUCAACACUUGCGUGAAAAAAACACUUCUUAAAUUCGAAUACUCCGCUUUUUAUGUGCUUUACUUAAUUUAGUUAUUUCAAUUCCAUUUUAAUCAAUCUAAAUUGAAACACAAAUUCUUCCACAUAGCAUGUAUCAUGUAUUUUCAAUGCGAAUAUUAUUGCCUAGAUGUACGUCAUCGUCGCAAGUGACACGUAUGUAUAACACAUAUUGUUUUUGUUUGAAUCUCUUAGUAAAAUAUGUACCAAAUAACCAAUGGAAUCUAUUAAAAUAACGGACAAUUUUUCUAUUAAGUAAUAUUAGUUUAAGUCAUUCUGUUUUUGUAAUGUCUGAAGUAUAUGAAUCUUUUUGGAUGCAUUUAACAAUGAAAUAUAUUCUAUUUUUAGAAUUAAAACUGA